GCUGCCCGGGGCCCUGGGCGAGCUGGUGAGGGAAGCCCCGGGAAGGUCCAUGCGGGUGGCAGCGGGCCUGUACGAGGUCUACGAGAUGGACCGGCAGAGGAAGCUGCGGCAGUGCCGGGAGGAAAGAGAAAGGAUUAUCCGAGCGGAGAAGAGAAGGAUUUUCACUCCCUUGAUGAUAAGCAGCCUCCCUUCCUCCCCUGCUGCCAGACUCUCCUUCAAAACCACCAAUGGGAGCUGUGACCUAACCCCAGGGCCAGGGGCUCCUACUGGCGGGACCAAGACCAAGAGCCACUCUUUGGACUCCCUGCAAAAACGGAGAGAGGGAUUCUCUGCCAAAACCUCCUCUGAAUCAGGCACAUCCUCAUCCUACAGUGGAGAAAGCUUGAGGGACAGAUGGCCCAAAGGGAACCCCCUGGUGGGCCGAAGCUUCAGCCUGGGGGAUCUGAGCCACUCCCCACAGACCACGAAGAAAGUGGAGAAGAUCGUCAAGGAGGUGAAGAAGAAGAAAGGCCUCAAGGAGGUGCCCCAGAGGGACAGAAAAAUAGCUGCCCUGAUGAUAGCCAAGCACCAGGAGGAGAACAUCCUGAGUGAGCAGAGGUAUGCUGCCCACCUCCAGUGGGACAGCCAGCGGCGACGGGCCGAGCAGCUGAAGGAGCAGGAAGAGAGAGAGAAGCAGAGGGCUCUGCUGCAGUGCCAGAAAAUGUGGGAGUCCAAGGUUGAGAAGCGCCGUGGGAAGCUAACUAAAGGGCUGAAGGAGACAGCCAUGAUAAAGCAGAGGCAGUGCCUGAUGUAUGAAGAGAGGUGGAAGGAGCAGGCAGAGAAGCAAGACAGAAUGAAAAGGGAUAAGCUGGAGCGGGCCAUUCUGGAAGACAAGCAGAAGAAGCUCCAUCAAGAGCACAACUUGAAGGUAAAGGAAGAAGACAAGAAAGAGUUCCUGGAACGAGAAGAACAGCUUUUGCAGGAUAAGCUGUCCUCAGCUGCACAGAAGAAGCUGAAAAAGGAGGUGCAGUUGCAGAAGGAAAAGAAGUUGCUCAACCAAGCUGAGAAAUUGAAGCAUGAGACUCUGCUCAAGGAACUGGCCAGGCAAGAGGCAGAGGAGAAAGAGAUGCUAAAGACCUCCCUGGAGGUUAACCUGCACAAAGCCCAGGAGAACUAUGAGCAGCUAAUGGAGAAGAGGAACCAAGAGCUAAGAGAGAAGGCUAAGCGGGAGGAAAUGCAAAUUCAAAGGGCCAAGCUGGCAGCAGAGAGGAAGGAGAGGGAGCAGAAGGAGCACUUGGAGGCUCUGGCCAAAGCGACAGAGAGGAAACUCCAGCAUGCUGCCCAGGUGGCUGAGGAGGUGGUCCAACAGAAAGCACGCAAGGUGGUCCUCAGCCGGCUGGAGAAAGAGAAAAUGCAGAAGGUGAACAAGCAGAAGGUGGAGCAGUAUGAGGACUUCCGACGCCGGGAGAUCCUUCUGUCUAUUGAGAAGAAGCUGGAGAGGAGCGAGCAGAUCUUCAAGGAGAAGAAGACUGUCUUAGAAAAUGCCAGGUCAGUCGCCCGGGCAUCCUUCCAUGUCCGGGAAAAGGUGCGGGAGGAAACGAACAUGCGCACCUUUGACAAGAUGGUCUUUGAGGCAGAAUUGCAUGCCAGCUUGGAUAAAAAGUGAAAGGUCUUUUUUUUUUCCCUGUGGAUAAGUGAGAAAUACAUCAUCUGGUACCCAAAAGAACACAUUAGAAAGCUUUCAUAUUCUAAAAUUUUAGUUUUUAAACCUGAUUUAUUAUUUUUUGGGGAGCACAGCACAAACCCCAUGGCAGCUAUUUUACAUACCUUUUAAAAAUGCUUUUGUUUUGGAGAUUGUUUUACAAGACUGACCUUUGUUAUCUCUGCCAGAAGAGAAGUUACCCCAUCUCACACAAAGAUGUGGUCAAGGAUUAAAGCAAAAGCACACAAAUUUACUCAAAUUAGGGUUGUAAUGGCAACUUAUCAGAAACCUGUGGAACGUGUCAAAUUUGCCUAAAAUGGAGCACAUUGCAGUCACUCAUCUUUAUUAUGACAAGUUAAAUCAGUAGGGACUACAUAUCUCAGCAUGUAAUACUUCAUUUUUGAGUAACUUUCAGUUUGGGUCAAGCUGAGAACUGUCAUCUCAUGUCAUGCUUCCAUACUAAAGAUGAGGAUGACCCCAUUAUAGAACUUCAUGGGGUGCAUUUGACACAUGGAUUGCACUUUAUCCACUACUGAUGUAAAAUGUGGAAAGAGAGGUGCCUAUAAUAAGAAUUUUUAAUGCCAUGCAAGAGGCUGGGCAGAUACUGCAAAAAGCUAUUAACAAACAUUUACUCAAAUAAAUCCCCAAAGUUCCUUUUGAUAAUCCUAUUCACAACCCCUUGUAUUCGUUUUCACAGAUAAUCACACGAAAUCAUUUUUGUUUGCAAAAAUGUUUGCAGAAAGGGAAAUGAUGACAAAUACUGCAAAUAUGCAUUCCUGGGGAAAUUUGCACCAGAAGUGAUCGUGUGGCCUUCUUGAAAGCUCUGUAUAUGUGUUAUGGAGUUAUCAAUCAGGGAACAGAAAACAAUACCAUGUGACUUAGAUGACCAAUCACCCACAGCUUUAAUAGCAAAUUAUGAAUAACUAGUAUCAAUAGCGAUAGUGAAAGGUUCAUGAGCAAUCCAUAGUCUGAAAUAUGUUUGCACAAACCAUUCACUAAAUAAUGGACAAACUUCUGAAAAUCUGCCUGUUUACAAUCGUGUGAAAAGAAAAGGGGAUUAAAUUUGUCAAGUAAAUUAUUUGCAGCAAAUAGUUCACCUAGCUCUAAUUGUCUUACUAUACAUUACAACAUGUAUUUGUCCAUGGGUGCUAAUGAUUAUUCUGUUCUUUAUGGCACGUAAAACAAAAAAAAAUGCACAUUCUGGGACAAAUUAUGUUUUGCUGUGCAUUCAUUCGGUACAGGAAUGUGGCAUUUUCACAACUCUAACUAGAUUUCAUGUACAGUGGAAUGAGCCCUACUGCUGUUAGGGAACUGAGGCUGUGAAAAGCCUGCUCACACCUCAUGGAAAACAUUCAAUAUAGAGAGAUCAUUCUGCUCAGAUUUUCUGCAUUUAUUUUCUCCUUAGGUAUUGCUCUGAAAACAUAGCUGCUCAAAACCAAAAAAGUUUUGCCAUGUUUCUUACAAGUUCAUGGUGCACAAGCAGCUUGUUCUGCAGCUUGGGAGGCAUAGUCCACUGUCUGUGACAGCAUCUCAGGAUGUGGAAAUUGUGAUGAUGUCACAAACAGAACACAAUCCCGUCAGAUGAAAGAGCAGCAGGAGUGGCAAAGCUUCUGUGUUUGUAUAAAUGGCUCUAAUAAUACAAAAUACAAAAGACACGAGAGACAAUAUAUAUGUUGCAUUUUCUAGAUUCAUUUCUAAACAGAAUGCUCUUCAAAGUUUUCCUUGAGAUGGCAGAAGAUUUCAAAAGAUUCUAAAGAGAAUGUUAUGGCAAUGGUAAUGUUAGACCACUAUUUCCAGGGUAUGUAACCAUGGAAAUAGUAUAAAAAUCAACCAGUGUUGGAAGUAAAGAAGGUGGGUGAUUUACACUGAAUCUUAUGUUAUUUGUUCCUGCUGGGUCAUUGGGAAGACAGAUAGUAUUGGCUAGUAUAAACAAAAGGGGAUUAGGAACCAGGAGAUACACAGCAAGUCAGUGGCAAACCUGGAAAAAAAAAAACAUGUACCACUGGGCAAGUUGCUUGUGGUAUGUCUACACUGCAACAAAAAAUUUGAGGCUACCCCAGCCCAGCUGACUUGGGCUUGCAGAUCUUUCACUACAGGGCUAAAAAAUACAAGUAUGGACAUUCAGGCUUUGGCUGAAGCCCAGGGUCCUGCUCCCAUUGGGUUUCAGAGGACAAUCCUGAGGUCUACACUGCUAUUUGUAACUCUGUAGAGUGUUGACUUGAGUUCUGAGACUCACUGCUAUGAUUUUGGGUUUUUUCCCCCCGUUGUGUCGAUGUAUCCUUAGAUCCUGAUCUUGUUGCCAUGGAAGUGAAUGGCAAAAUGCUCACUGAUUUAAAAGGAAGCAAAAUCAGGCUUGUAACUUGCUAUACCUCAGUUUACCCAUCUGUAAAAUGGGAUAACGCCACCAAACUUUGUAAAUCACUUUGAGAUAUUAAGAUGAAAGGUGCUAAAGAAGUGCAAAGUAUUACUAAUAUUUAUUUAUGUA